UUAAAUUGAUCUCUCUUUUGGAGAGAUCCGAUUUGUCAGUUAAUAGUUGAGGCUCCUGUACUUUAUUUCUAAACACGCUUUAAAAUAUUUUACUAACGGUUAAAAAUUAAACUAAAAUCUAACAACUGACAUUCAAAAGAAUCCCAGCGAGAGGAAUUUGUCUACAAAGAGAGAGAAAAUUUCAUCAUGCCAGUGGUCCCGGUUUUCUUGGUUUUCUUGUCUCUCUCUUGGUUUUGUGGAUCAGAGAAUGUAGCAUCUAAUGCUGAAGAAAACCAGUUUCAGCAGGUUGAGCCUGCCGCGCCAGCUGAGCAAGGCACCUACCUCAUACAAGAAUGCUUAAGCAACCAAUACACACACAAAUCCUGUCAGAAAGUUUUUUGUCACCCAUGGGAACGAUGUGUGGAGGGAAAAUGCCUUUGUAAGCUUCCCUACCAGUGCCCAAAGAAUGGCUCUUCAGUUUGUUCUACCAAUGGAAGGUACUUCCAUACUUACUGUCACCUAAAGAGCUACGAGUGUCAACAACCCAAAGCGAAGUUUCUGCACAAGGGAAAAUGCAUGUCUGAAGAAACAUUUUCAAUCUCUGUGGGCCAUGGAGAUUCAAAUUUGCUUCGAGUAAAACCUAUGAAUCAAAAGAACUACAUUUUUGUAUGUGAUGGUGAGUGGACUAUGAAUGAAGCAAAUGUGGCUUGCAAGCACCUUGGCUUUGAAUCAGGUGCCGAGUAUUACCAAACCAAUUCCAGCAUCACAGAAUCUGCCUCAAAUUCAUUGCACUGUCUGCAAAUAACUUGCAGGGGCCUAGAGACAAGUCUUGCUGAAUGUCACAUAGAGAUGAAAUCAAGAGAUAGUAAUGAGGGAUUUGUUAGCCUCCAGUGCCAUGAAAAUCUAAGAGCUUGUUCAGAUGGUGAGUUUCGUUGUGUCAACAAGAAGUGCAUUUCUCUGAAUAAAACCUGUGAUGGAAUCAAUGACUGUGGAGACCUAAGUGAUGAACUGUGCUGUAGAGAGUGCAGAGACAACAGUUUCCACUGUCAGUCAAAUAUCUGUAUUCCGAAUAAGAACGUCUGCAACAAAGAAGUUGACUGCCUCACAGGAGAGGAUGAAGCUCGAAUUCUCUGUGCAGGCAAAGACAAAGGUGCUGAAAAACACAGUAUGGAUGAAGAAAGAAAAAUGAUAAAGACGCUUCUUCCCCAAGUACACUGUGGUCUUACAAAUCACACAUUAACUCGACGGAAAAGAAUCGUAGGUGGAGAGAUUGCAAGAAAGGGUGAAUUCCCUUGGCAAGUGGCAAUUAAAGAAACUGGCAGUGAAGGUGCAACAGUGUACUGUGGAGGCGUUUAUAUUGGUGGCUGUUGGGUUCUGACUGCUGCACACUGUGUCAGGGCAAAUCGAGUUCAUCUAUACCGUGUCUGGAUUGGACUGUUGCAUACAAUACUGUACGACAAAGAAACAGAUACUUUCAGUCUAAACCGACUGAUAAUCCACGAAAAUUAUAAUGCGUCAACUUACGAAAAUGACAUUGCUCUGCUGGAGCUGAAAGGUUUUGGGAAAGGAGAAUGCUCCCUGCAACAGACCACACCUGCCUGUAUCCCCUGGUCAGAGUAUAUGUUCAAGGAUGGUGACAGAUGCAAAGUUUCUGGAUGGGGAGUAGAGAAAGGUUAUACCAAACAAUAUAUCCUCAAGUGGGGCAAUGUUAAUUUAUUCCAGAAUUGUUCUGAAUUGUAUCCAGGACGAUUUUUUAAAAAAAUGGCAUGUGCAGGUACUUAUGAUGGCUCCAUAGACAGUUGCAAAGGCGAUUCAGGAGGACCCUUGGUCUGUUUUGAUGCAGAAAAUGUGGCAUACGUCUGGGGUAUUGUGAGUUGGGGUGAGAACUGCGGGGAGUCUGGUCACCCUGGCGUGUAUACAAAAGUUGCCAGCUAUUAUGAUUGGAUUAGCCAUCAUGUGACAAGGAGUCUCAUUGCACGGUAUAAUAUCUGAAGCUCGGAAAAUUAAAUACUUCCUUCUUAUCACCCAUGCAAAAAUGAACACUAGUCCUUUUUUACAAUCAGCAGCCAUGUAACUUAGCAACAAUUAGUACAAAUCUUUAAAGAACAUAUUUUGAAAAUGAGUACCACAAUUUUGCAGAAGCCUGUAGGAAGAGAAUUUUACAGUCACAUGAGUCCACAGCAAAAGUCUCUAAUAAAAGCACAGAAAUUAAAAUAUCUUUUUCUUGUUGUUCCUUUGGGUUUUUUCCACAUUUCACAUUGCAUUUCAAUUGUGGUUGUUUAUUUAUUUAAAAUGGACAACCAUACUGAAAGCAGUGGUUGGAAAUUGACUGCACUGGCAAUAUGUGAACUUCACAGAAACGACAGCAACCAGAGUACUUUAAAGAACUUCCAUCAUCUCAAGGUCUAGAUCACUAGAAACCCUCAGGAUGCUGCCUUACUUGGCAGCUGAUUCCUUAGGCUUACUGCGAAAGUAGACUUCAGACCAUCCAUUAAUUGACAGAUUGACUAUGAUCAUGAGAUUUGUUGUAAUGCAACAAUUACCCAAAUAGUAACUCUGGUGGUAGUUUUUUCAGCUACAAACUCAGACAAUUUUUAUCUAGUUAGUAUACCUCAUCUGAUCGUCUAGCAUGGGGCAAUUUUUGUAGCUUUAAGUUUUAUUAAUUUAACCACAGCUGGUCACAAACAACAAAGGAAUUUUAAAACUUAAAUCUUCAAUUUAAAUAAAAAGCAUCUCUACUAUCUUAA